GGAGCUCAACCUGCCCGGUACACCGCCCCCAGCAUGUCAUACUGAAGGAGCCGCAUGUUCAUCACAAGCGCUGCCUGCACUCUGACAACCACCUAACAUCCACCGCACCGUUUGCAGAAUAAAGACCAGCCGGCUCCUGCGCACACGCUCCGAUCUGCGGCAAAACACGAACCGGGGACGCUUCCUUCGGCGCGCCAGGAGAGUCGGAGACCCGCAGGUAAUUGCAGUGCUGCUCCGACGUUUGGUCGACAUGCUGGGUAUCUGCGUGUGUCUUUGUGCGGUUUUCACACACGUCCUCUCUCAGGAGGCUGAGGAGCCCAUCUCCUACACAUGCACAGAAGGGUAUGAGUAUGACAGAGUCAGAGAGCAGUGCAGAGACAUCGACGAGUGUGCCUUGUUAGAUGACGCCUGCAAAGGAGGGAUGCAGUGUAUCAACCACUUUGGUGGAUACCUCUGCCUCCCCAAGAGCGCCGUCAUCUAUAUCAGUAAGGAGGGCGAGCAGGUGCCGCUGCCAGACCCCGUCCCUCCUGCCCCUGCCCUCCCACCAAGCCAGCCUCAGCCCCCACGGGUAUUUUCAGGCGGCCAGAGGGUCUCUCAGCCCAGCCGGACCAUCCCCUGUGCGACCGGAUUCAAUGCAGAUGAGCAGAACCUCUGCAGAGACAUAGAUGAGUGUGCGACAGGUAGGCACACUUGUGGCCCUGAACAGACGUGCUACAACACCAGAGGCUCCUACACCUGCCAGUGUCCUCCGGGCUACCAGAGGAACGGAGAUCACUGCUUGGACAGAGACGAGUGUGCGCUGACCCACUACUGCAUGCACAGAUGUGUGAACACACAGGGCUCAUACUACUGUGAGUGCAACGCAGGUCACAAGUUGGCCAGCAACAACCACAGCUGUGUUGAUGUGAAUGAAUGUGAUGUGCAGAGUCCCUGUCAGCACCACUGCUACAACCUGAUUGGCUCCUUCCUCUGCCAGUGUGACCAGGGCUAUGAGCUGGCACAAGACACGGUCUCCUGCCAAGACAUUGAUGAAUGCAGCAUCUCCAGCUAUAUGUGCCAGUACCAGUGUAUUAACAGCCCAGGAAGUUACUCCUGUGAGUGUCCAGAGGGAUAUCAGCUCCAGGGAAACAGGUUGUGUCAAGACAUAAAUGAGUGUGAGACGGGGACCCAUAACUGCCAAGAUGAUGAAAUGUGCUGGAACUAUUACGGUGGCUUCCGCUGCUAUCCCAGAAACCCCUGUGAGGCGCCUUACACCAAAACCUCUGAAAAUCGCUGCAUCUGCCGGUCUCAGGCCGAGUGCCAGGGUCUCCCACCGUCAAUUGUCUACAAAUACAUGAGCAUCCAGGCGGACCGGACUGUGCCGGCGGACAUCUUCCAGAUUCAGGCCACCAACAUCUACGCCAACACACACAACACCUUCAGGAUCAAAGCCGGGAAUGAGGCAGGAGAGUUUUUCCUGCGGCGUUCCAGCAAUGUGAGCGCCAUGCUGGUGCUAACCAAGCCUCUGUCAGGCCCCAGGGAGUACGUCGUGGACCUGGAGAUGGUCACCCACCAUCUGACCAUGAACUACCGCUCCAGCUCACUGCUGCGCCUCACCAUCAUAGUCGGGCCCUACGCCUUCUGAGCACCGCAGCUCCCGGCAGCCCACAUAAGUCUGGUUCCGCAAACAUAGCAGUGUAACACAGCAGAUGCCUGUAUCAGCAUAACGUAAAGUACAUUUUCAUACAAUACAAGCGUACGUCAUAUAACAUAGGCUGUGCCAGUCUCAUACAGCGGCGCAGCAGUUCCAAUAGGCUUGCUCAUGACAGACCGACCCAUGCUGUGAUGUGACCACUGGGCGUCUUUUUCUCUUGAGGUGCAUGGAAGCAUUGUGAUGAAGGGUUUUAGUGCAACCGAGUUUCAACAACAGCACUUAGCAAUGAAUCGUUUUUCAUCUGUAGAGUUGCGACAUUUUUGACUUAUAGUGCCCGAAGGGGACACGGGAAAGAUGCUGGAUGCACUUGUGGUCGUUAGUUACUUCCAUUUGAAAAACAACUGCGAGCAAAGCAGCGGCACUCAGGAAAAGAGGCCUAGUGGACACACAUCCUAACUGUGAUACAUUUUUGAUGCAGCUGUACAUACAUUUAUCACUUUGUUCAGACCAGAACUGCUUACAAUAACCUGUGUGUGCAUCGGUGAAGCACUCUGUUGUAGGAAAGAGAGAAAAAUCAAGUUUUUUAUAUAAAUGUACAUGACAAAUAUCCAAUAUGAGCAGCUUUUGACACAAAAGAACUUGUAAAUCACAGCUUCUGUUGACAAAUGUUGUGGGGGUUAGUGCUGCUGCGCCACACUGUUUGUGCAAGUUUCUGUAUAGUUUUACUCAUGAGUAAUAAUUUCCAGAGAAGUCCAGAACAGUUCAGGAGUGUAAAGGGAGGGAAUUUGUGAGUUGAGAGUGCUAAACUUUGCAUGACAACAGGCUUGAUGCUUGUAGACUUUACUCACAGGGGUUAAGUCAUGUACAUACCGAGGUAGCAAAUCUGUGUGUGCGGAUGUUUGAAUUUGUGUGUGUGUGUGUGCGUGUGCAUGUGCCUGGCUUUGUUUAUGCAUGCAAGCAAGUGAAAGUGUGAAACACAGAGGGAGAGAAAGGGAAAGAGUGAGAAAGAGCUUGUUCCCUGCCUCAGGUUUCGGUGGAUGUGGUCGAGCUGUUUAUGCGUUUCUGUGAUGCCAUCCCCUCAGCCCGCGGUCACCGAGGCAAUAACAAGAGAUUUUUGAACUCGAGAACACGCGCAGGAAAUGACGCCUUUCAUAACACACCUUGGCCAAUUGACCGCUCGCUGGUGCCACGGUGAUUCUCCAGAGGAGCAGCUGCGCUUUCUAAUGUCGGUCCCAGUCAAGAAGUCACACUGGCACCAGGCUGGCUUGCGUGAUAAACAUAAUUACAGAGCUUUGCCCCGUAGCUGGUUGGUGUGUGACACAGGGGAUUAUUAAAGCGUUAAUACAAUGCCACCACACUUUCUGGCAGAAUGAGAAAUCUUUCACUACCUGCUUUGCCUUUCAUGACUCCACGUGUCCGCUCUGGCUUAUGCUGAAACACUGUACACUGUUGACACACAGCACUGAAAACCACAUUAAAACCCAGCAUGUCACCACUCUUAAGCGUAGAAAGUUACCCGUCUAUGCAUCUUUCAUGUGGUUUCAGCAGCGAUCAAGCCACAGUGCCUUAGAGGUAUAAACGCAGAAAAUGUAACGCUAAUCUUUCAUCAUUCAUGCUGACUGUUAACUUCCAUUAUUGAAAUGCCUUAAUGUCUUUCUCUUCUAUUUAAAAUAUAUUUUGUCAUUAUGUAUCGUAUAUUGAUUGUACUCUGAAGAGCAAAAGUUAUAUUGUUGAAUAAAAUAUGAUGAAUAAAUGGGG